GGAGAUCAAGCAGAAAGUGCUAGGUUAAGGUUUUGUUUGUUAUCUUUUAUCAAGUAUUUUGUUUGAUGAGGUGGUUCCAAAAUCCAAACCAAAAAAAUCUGUAAUUUGAAUAGCAGCCCAAAUAAUAAUGUCUUCUUCAAGCAGCAAUAAAUAUUCAAUAUUAUUACCAACCUACAAUGAAGUCCAGAACCUUCCGAUAAUCAUUUGGCUCCUGGUGAAACAUAUGAACGAAAGUGGUCAUCCAUAUGAAAUUAUCAUAAUCGACGAUGGAAGUCCCGACGGUACCCUAGAAGCAGCCGAGCAAUUACAAAAAAUCUAUGGUAGCGAUAAAAUCCUGUUGAGACCCAGAGAAAAAAAGUUGGGCCUCGGUACCGCUUACAUUCACGGUAUCAAACAUGCGACUGGUAAUUUUAUCAUUAUUAUGGAUGCGGAUUUGAGCCAUCACCCAAAAUUCAUCAGCGAAUUCAUCGAAAAGCAGAAAACUGGUGAUUACGACGUUGUCACUGGCACUCGGUAUGUGGGCACUGGAGGAGUUCACGGUUGGGAUUUCAAAAGAAAACUUGUUUCAAGAGGGGCUAAUUUACUAACCCAAAUCCUGUUGCGGCCGGGCGUAUCGGACCUGACAGGCUCGUUCCGGCUUUACAAAAAAGACGUUUUGGAAACUCUUAUCAAAAGUUGUGUGUCCAAAGGCUACGUAUUCCAAAUGGAAAUGAUUAUUAGGGCCAGAGAAAAAAAUUACACGAUCGGUGAAGUUCCCAUUACCUUUGUGGAUAGGGUUUAUGGUGAAUCCAAAUUAGGAGGAUCGGAAAUUGUUCAAUUUGCUUUGGCACUUUUGUAUAUGUUUGCUACAACAUAAAUUGUUUAAUUAUAUUUUUAUUUAUGUUUUCUUCUGUCUCAAAUUUGCUCUGAUAAAUAAUUGGAAAAAGUGAAUAGGGGUGAAAUCAAAUUACUGCUUUUUUGAUUGAGGUAAGUUUUGUACUUUCAAUAAUAAAAACAGCCAACUACCAGUAAAUUUACCAUCUGAUGCUGGUAGCUAAACUGCGCAAAUUGAUUACAGUACCAAAUAUUUGAUCCCAAAAGGUGCUGCUUAUUCCAAAACCUGAAAAUUUAAUAAUUAAAGUUUGAGAAAUAAAAAAAAAACUGCAAUAAUUUUUACCACUGUUGUGUUGCGCAAAGUGAUGUUGAUUGUGGUACCGUUUCAAAUGGUAAAAAUAACUGUUUUCCUUUGGAGCGCCACAAUGCAAAUAGAAAUGAAUCAUAUCGUACAUAAGGUAACCUGAAAAUCCUCCAGCCGCUAAUAAAAUAAUCAUAUAAUCUGGCACAAUUAACGAAACUAUUUUGUAUAUAAUUGAACCUAUAAUUGCUGAACCAGCUGGCGGAAAUACUAGACGCCUUGUAUCGAAUGGAACCUGUUUCAGAGCAAUAAUAAUUAUUAUUCUUUAUAAUUUAAGGAAUCAACUUACUUUAUGAUGCAGCCCGUGCAUGAUAAAAUGGACAUAAAUUAAAAGUUUUGAUUUUCCUGUGGGUUCCAUAUGGAAAACCCAUCGGUGUAAUGAAUAUUCUAUGAAACUCCAUAAAAUGAGGCCUAAAAAUAUGUAAAGUACUAUGGUUCUAGUGGGAGAUGGAUCUGAAAAUAAAUACAAAUCUAUGCAAUCGGAUAUACUCAUUAUAGUCUUAAGUAUUUUGAAUCCGUGCGGAGUAAUAAGAACUUGGUAUUCAGAUCUCGUACAAGGUGUUCAAAGGCAUUUAAUUAAUUUUUGAAAUACUCAACAAUUUUUAUUCACUUUCAAAUCUCUAUCAACAGAAUAAUGCAAUGCCUCAGAAUCUCUAUGACUCCAAAAGAAACACUAGGUCUCACAUCCUCAGCUUAGUUUCUGAGAUUUAGAUAAUCAAACUUCACAGAUGGAACCCUCGUGAAAAAAUAUCAUUAAAACCAA